AUGUCACUCCAGGUCGGCGACCCACGGUCGCGCGGCCGCUCCAAGUCCCCAGGCGGCCGCAUCCGGGACCGUUCCAAAUCUCGCGACAGCAGACUGCCUUCUCCAGGCCCCGAUGCCACCAGAUCCUCCUUCCUGAAUCCCGAUAUCGUGCGCGAACACCUACGGUCGCGCUCUAGGAGCCGAGGCGCGAGUACCAGUCGCAGCCAUCGCAGCAGCUCUCGUUACCGACCCACAGGCUCGGACUCGGAUCACGAUGGUAGAAGCUACGUCCUGCGCCCCGAACGAAACCGCGACGACUAUUAUCUCUCCGAUGCCGCGGAGAGCAGAUCUGGGAAGCGCAGCAGCAAGUAUGCGCGAUCCCCUAAUCUUCGCCCCGUCCGCUACGAUGACUCUUCGGAUGAGUCUUUGGAUUCGGAGGACGACGCACUUGCGUAUGGAGAUAUACCGGUGGACGCACAGCGUGGCUAUUACAAAUAUGGAGCAUCACCCCGUGCCUCUUCUUCGCAAGUCGAGGCAGCGCAGAUGUCUGGGGCAUUGAAUGCGGACCGGCUCUUCAAAAAUGGAUCAUCACGCGUUGAGGAGGACCUUCCGGGCAGCCACCCCAGCUAUGCUCGACCUGGACCUUACAAGUAUGCGGUGCCUUCCCAGUAUGCUCAGACGCAACCUACUUCGCAGUCGAACUGGGCGCCGAUCCCAGAGUGUGAGCGACCGGGGUUCGUCCCGCCAACGUCGCAGGCGGAACAAGCAAUGCCCGGGGCUUUCCCCCCGGCAUCAACAUACCCGGAGCUUUCUACCAGUACCGCAGCGCCUGUGUUCCCGAUGCCCCAAUAUGCCAAUCUGGAAGGGCAGCAGAUUCCCUACGCGACCAGGAGCGGUCGUCCUCUCUCGGUAUCUACCACCAAUGCCUACACCCCUUCUGUGGCAUCGCCGACCCAUUCGCGCCAUGCAUCAGAUACCUCUGCCCAGCCGGGUUACGCCAGACCGGCUCCUUACCAAUAUGCGCAUGUCGACCCCAAUGUCAAGUAUAGCUCCAAGUCUUCGAGCAGUGCCGCUGAAAGCAGUCAACCCCAAUACUCAAAUAUCAGGUACUCUUCAAGGCCUCAGUUCUCCAAGGCCCAGACCAGCCGCCAGGAAAGCGAGCCCCAGUUUGUGGAGAUUACCCCAGGCAGCAGGACCGGAAAUCGCCCUGCAAGUCUCUCUGUGUCGUCAGCCAACAAUCUCUCCGUCGCCGCCCCAGAUCCGAGUUUCCGACCGGCCAGUCCUCUACAGGAGCCGUACAAGGGCACCUACCAGAGCAUUUCUCCCAUGCCUUCACCGAUCGUGAUCCCUUCCAAGUUGGACGAGGACAUCUCUGACCUGGAGCCCCUGGAUGGAGGGUCCGAUACAAGUGGCCGGAGAAAGCAUCGGAGAAAGAAGUCCAAGGACGAAAGAGAGCGGAAGGAGAAAACCAGCGAUCGCUCAAAAAGGGACAGCAGCCGCGUUCGACACGAGCGUCACGACUCUAAUGGGAAACAGGCGCUUGUAUUGAUCUCCCCAAGUGCCAGUCGCAAGAAAGUCUCUUUCUAUGACGUCGGUCCUGAUGCGGUUGCCAUGCAGGAAGCUUUGAACAGUCGCAGUAUCGACAACAAGGCGAUCAUCCGCGUGUUGCCCCACUUGACCAGCGAUGAAAUGCUGGAUCUUCGCAAAGAGUAUAAGAACCACGUCAAGUUGCACGGCAAAGGAAUCAACCUGGCCAAACACAUUCGAUUGAAGUUGGGCAAUAGCGCUUUCGGUAAAGUGUGCUACGCCACGGCGCUAGGCCGCUGGGAAUCCGAGGCAUUCUGGGCCAACUGCUAUUACCAGUCGAGUACGUCUCGGCGGGAGCUUCUGAUCGAGUCGCUCUUUGGUCGCAGUAACAGUGAAAUCCGGCAGAUCAAGGAAUGUUUCCGCGACUCGCGGUAUUCAGACAGUCUGGAAAAGUGCAUGAAAGCGGAACUGAAAGCGGAUAAGUUCCGCUUGGCGGUACUGCUGGCGCUCGAGGAGAGUCGCCAGAGUGAACGGGAUCCUCUAAAUAUGGAUCUAGUCCAUCGCGACGUCGAGGAGCUCAACAGAGCUCUCCUUUCGCGGAGCGGCGGCGAGACCGCAAUGAUUUAUAUCAUAGUCCGCCGAAGCGAUUCUCAUCUGCGAGAGGUCCUUCGCGCGUAUGAGAAGAUUUAUAAUCGCAACUUUGCUCGUUCUAUGAUUUCUAAAUCGCAGAACCUUGUCGGCGAAACACUUGCCCACAUUCUCAACGGAGUCAUCAAUCGGCCGAUGCGAGAUGCGCUCCUGCUCCAUCAAGCUCUCCGGGAGUCGCGCACAGGCAAAGAGCGCUCCGAACUAUUGAUUUCCCGACUGGUCCGAUUCCACUGGGAACCGCGGCACCUGGACCAGGUGAAGACCGAGUUCCGCCGGCGGUAUGGCGAGCGAUUGGAGGAGGCGAUUGCAGAGGAGGUGUUACCGACCAGUGGCGGCACCGAAUGGGGCGAGUUCUGCAUUGAGCUGGCGCGAAGUUCGAAAACACUUAUGAAAAGGGUUUGA